GGCGAAUCCGACGCCGCCGCGGAGGCUGUUGGGCCUGGCAGGGGAAGAGGCGCUGCAUGAGGAGGAGGAGGAGGAGAAGGACGCCCCCGUUGCUCUCCUGAGGCGCUUCCUCCCGCGGCUGCCCUGCGUAGGAGCCGGCCUUGGACACAGGCUGACAAGACAGCAGUCUGGGAUGCUGGUCUUCAGGCUGAGCGGUCCAAGUCUACACUGUUGAUACUUUUAAAAGUCGUGUCUGCAAGAAGCCUGCAUUAGCUCAUUUACACAAUCAAGCCAAGAGACAGGUGAAAUAACAUAGGAGUUCAGUGGCACCAUAAAGAAAAUGGCGAAGAUGUUAAGAAGACAGUGUGCCUUUUGCCCAGAGGAUGAAGAAUGUUCCAUUAUGUAUAUCGCUGAAGGACAGAAUCUCGCAGUUCAUCAAGAUUGCUUGUUAUAUUCCUCUGGAUUUGUGGAAUCCGAAGAACACAAUCCUGAAAACCUCGACAUAAGGUUUGAUGUGGCCUCGGUUGUGAACGAACUAAAGAGAGGGAGGAGGCUGAUAUGUAAUUUCUGUCGCAAGAGAGGAGCCACCGUUGGGUGUGAGGUGAAAACCUGUCGCAGGAGUUACCAUUAUUUCUGUGCUCUGUGUGAUGACGCUGCCAUAGAAACAGAUGAAGUGCACGGCAUUUAUCGAGUGUUCUGUCCAAAUCAUGACCCAGAUAGGAAGAACAACCUUUAUGAUGAGGACAGUAAAAGGGAAAGGUCGCCCAUUACAGUGCAGUCUUCAUCUGCUAAGAAGAAAAUGAUUGUAAAGGAGAAGAUUGCAGAGGACAGCCUGGAAGCCUUAAGGAAAAAACAGGAGCGGCAGAAAGUCAGGGUAGAGUUUUUGAGGAAAUGCAAGCGGGCCGGGCUUCUCGAUGAAAUCUUCGAAGAGAUGCUGGACACCCUACACCUGGCCCAGGAAAAGCUGAUGGACGACAGCACUCCAGACGCAGUAUACGAAGAGACAGUAAUAUCCCUUUUUGACUGUGGCCUGUUUGAAAAUAUCCUUGCCAGUGCACAUUCCGCAUCUUAUACAGGGACAGAGGAAAAAAUCCAGGAACUACUGGAAACACGGAAAAGACUGGAUACCCAGAUAGAGCUUCUAAAAGAUCUGAAAGUAAUACUGCCUCCUCCGGAAGACACAUCUAGCUGUACCUCCGAGUAACCGACAUUUUUUUGCAGUACAGCUCCUGUCUUUUGUCUCGACUGCAAAAUACACCAGCAGCCUUUUACUGGCUGGCUUUUCAUACCUCUUUUGGUGAUAGCUGCCCUUUCCUGUGACUUGGGAGAGACGGGUUUUUACAGGAAAAACUCAAAAUCAUUUUGUACACCAGCUGCCCUCUCCAGCCUCGUGACUGCUUCUUCCUUCUGUCUACACCCAACCUGACAGGCAACCUGCUCAGUUUACCGCAGGCCGUCUUCUGACCAGUCGUGGAAGACGGCAUUGACCAAUCGCCUUGGCCCUUGAGGUUCUUCACAAAUGGAGCCCCGCCCUCCGCCUCCGCAGUUUGCAAGGGAGACUCUGGCAAACUGCUUGUGCUAACCUUCCGGUACUGCCCUACACUUCGGGACUCACAAACAGGAUUUAAGAGACACGAAUCAUGCUUGUGUGACUGUCCAAAGAGAAUUGGUCAAAUCUUGCACUUUUUACAUGUGUUUUUAUAGAAUGAAGUGUGUAAAAAUUCAAGUGGUCGUAACUGUGAUUGAGGGACAGGACAUUAGUCAGGUAUGGACCCUAGCAAUGACUUGCCCUCAUCCUGUGAAAAUGUGUUACGGAACCCAGAAGUUUACAGAUGUAGACAUUGAUGUAUUAAAGGUUAUUAUGCUCAGAAUCCUUUAAAUACCGAUG